CCGUCUCGUCCCGAGCGGCGGUGUCGCCUCCCGGUGUCGCAGGCCGGGGCUGAGGGGCCGCGUGUCCCCCUGAGCCCCCCGGGACAGGAGGGUCUGGAAUUCUGCGGGUCUCCCCUCCCCGGUACCUGUGGCCAGGCUCGCCCGGACAGCGGGGUCAGGGAGGUGUCUGGGAACACACAGAAGUGUGUGAGGCGGUACUUUGGAAUAAACAGGAUGUUUGUCGCCUUCCGAUGGUAAAGCUGGAUUGGGAGUCAUCUGGAGCAGAAACUCACACUUCACAUGUGAAGCUCUUCCCUUCAGAAUUAGUUAUCUGUCUUGAAUGAACUUAUUUCUACAUAUUUAUAGUUUCGUUUAGACUGCUAAAUACAGACCAUGCCUAGCAGAAUGGGCUCAAAAAUUGAUUUGAACAAAGACUUCAUCAAAGUAAAAACACACUACAGUGGGGACAUCCUGAUAACAAACCUGGACGCCUCAAUGAGCUACGAUGAACUCUGUGACGAGGUGCACGAGAUGUGCAACCUGCAGCAGGAACAGCCAAUUACCCUCAAGUGGAUUGAUGAUGAAGGUGACCCCUGUACCAUCUCCUCUCAGAUGGAGCUGGAGGAAGCCUUUCGUUUGUACUGCCAGAACAGGGACGAGGGGCUCAUCAUCCAUGUUUUCCCAAGUAUUCCAGAGAAGCCCGGCAUGCCUUGUCCAGGAGAAGAUAAAUCCAUCUACCGCCGGGGCGCCCGAAGAUGGAGGAAGCUGUACCGAGUGAAUGGGCAUUUGUUCCAAGCCAAGCGCUUUAACAGAAGAGCGUACUGUGGCCAGUGCAGUGAAAGGAUAUGGGGGCUCGGAAGGCAAGGCUACAAGUGUAUCAACUGCAAGCUGUUGGUCCAUAAACGUUGUCACAUCCUUGUCCCACUGACCUGCAAAAGGCAUAUGGAUUCGGUCAUGCCUUCCCAGGAGCCUCGGAUAGGUGAGAAAAACGAUGAAGUUGAUCUCCCUUCAGAAGACACUGAUGGAAUUCCCUACAUUCCUUCAAACAGGAAACAUGACACCAUUAAAGAUGACUCUGAGGAUAUCAAACCAGUCAUUGAUGGAAUGGAUGGAAUUAAGAUUUCUCAGGGGCUUGGACUCCAGGACUUUGAUUUAAUCCGAGUUAUCGGCCGUGGAAGUUACGCCAAAGUUCUGCUGGUUCGCUUAAAAAAGAACGAUCAGAUCUAUGCCAUGAAAGUGGUGAAAAAGGAACUGGUCCAUGACGAUGAGGAUAUUGAUUGGGUACAGACAGAGAAACAUGUGUUUGAACAGGCAUCCAGUAACCCAUUCCUAGUUGGUUUACACUCAUGCUUUCAAACAACGAGUCGAUUGUUUCUUGUCAUAGAGUAUGUGAAUGGGGGAGACCUCAUGUUCCAUAUGCAACGCCAGAGGAAGCUUCCUGAAGAACAUGCAAGGUUUUAUGCUGCUGAAAUUUGUAUAGCUCUCAACUUCCUCCAUGAAAGAGGCAUCAUCUACAGAGAUCUAAAACUGGACAAUGUUCUCUUGGAUGCAGAGGGUCACAUCAAAUUAACAGACUAUGGCAUGUGCAAGGAAGGUUUGGGCCCUGGUGACACUACAAGCACUUUCUGUGGGACACCAAAUUAUAUUGCACCAGAGAUCCUCAGAGGAGAAGAAUAUGGGUUCAGCGUGGACUGGUGGGCUCUGGGCGUGCUGAUGUUCGAGAUGAUGGCGGGACGGUCCCCGUUCGACAUCAUCACUGACAAUCCCGACAUGAACACUGAAGAUUACCUCUUCCAAGUUAUUCUUGAGAAGCCAAUCCGGAUUCCAAGGUUUCUUUCUGUCAAGGCUUCCCAUGUGUUAAAAGGAUUUUUAAACAAGGAUCCCAAAGAAAGGCUUGGCUGUCAGCCCCAGACAGGAUUUGCUGAUAUCAAGUCCCACACGUUUUUCCGCAGCAUCGACUGGGAUCUGCUGGAGAAGAAGCAGACGACCCCCCCGUUCCAGCCGCAGAUCACGGACGAUUACGGGUUGGACAACUUCGACACGCAGUUCACCAGCGAGCCCGUGCAGCUCACCCCGGACGAUGAAGAUAUCAUAAAGCGAAUAGAUCAGUCAGAAUUUGAAGGAUUUGAAUAUAUUAAUCCAUUGUUGCUGUCAACAGAAGAAACAGUAUGAAGGGAUGAGCUGGUUGGGGACAGUGUGACUGACAUUAAUUUAUCCUUAACUCCAGUAUAUGCAUGCGAGGCUGGGACUGCUCACUCGGGAUGGAGACCAAUGAUCUAAAAACAAAUGUGCUGCUGAAAAUCAAAGAAGAGAAGAACGGUUUUGGUGGGUGUCCUCUGCCACUUAGUGAUUCUUGAGUUCUGGGCACUGACACGACUGGCUUCGUUAAUGAAGGAAUUUGCAUUUUGUGCCUGUUUCAUGAAGGAUUCAAAUGUUCAUUGCAUCCCUGCAAAAGGAGAUCAUGAGAAACUUUGAGAUCCACACACUUUCUACAAACACUCGAUGCAAUGAGCUCCCAGUUGAAGAGUAUUCCAGUGUAACAUCCUGAAGAAUAAAAUAUAUUACGGUGGUGUUGAAGCUUA